GAACUUUCAUUCUGGAUCUGCGGGGGUUUUUUUUUUUUAUUUUUUAUUAAAACAGCAACGGUGUGUGUGUGUGUGUGUGUGCGCGCUCUGAUGCAGGCAGCUCCGCGCAUGCGCAACCCUGUUUGGAAUUAGGGGGUCUUGCUUGAGACUUUUUAGCGGCAUUCUCGGAAGCCGCGGCUCAUUAGGCAACGUUUUGUAAUUAAAAAGACUUGAAGCAUGUGGACGCUCCGGGGCAGAGGAUAUUUCGGCGUGGCGUCGCUGCCUGUGAUGAUUGCCAUGGUGUGCUGUGCUCACAGCGUUAACGAGCCCAGCAACAUGUCAUACGUGAAGGAAACCGUGGAUAGAUUGCUCAAAGGAUACGACAUUCGCUUGAGGCCAGACUUCGGAGGCCCUUCGGUGGAGGUUGGGAUGCGAAUUGAUGUUGCCAGCAUAGAUAUGGUCUCAGAAGUCAACAUGGAUUACACACUAACAAUGUACUUCCAGCAAUCAUGGAGAGACAAAAGACUAUCAUACUCUGGGAUUCCUUUAAAUCUAACAUUGGACAACAGGUUCGCUGAUCAGCUGUGGGUGCCAGAUACAUACUUCCUAAACGAUAAAAGGUCUUUUGUUCAUGGUGUCACAGUGAAAAACAGAAUGAUUCGACUUCACCCUGAUGGUACUGUUCUUUAUGGCCUUAGGAUAACAACCACAGCUGCUUGUAUGAUGGAUCUGCGACGAUAUCCUUUGGAUGAACAAAACUGCACACUUGAAAUUGAAAGUUAUGGCUAUACGACAGAUGACAUUCAGUUUUAUUGGAAUGGGGGGGACAAAGCCAUCACAGGAGUGGAAAAGAUUGAGCUGCCUCAGUUUUCUAUUGUCGACUACAAAAUGGUUUCAAGGAACGUAAUUUUCUCAACUGGUGCCUAUCCUCGCUUGUCGCUUAGCUUUCGCCUGAAAAGAAAUAUUGGAUACUUCAUUUUACAAACCUAUAUGCCUUCUACAUUGAUUACUAUUCUGUCAUGGGUGUCCUUCUGGAUCAAUUACGAUGCAUCUGCUGCAAGAGUUGCUUUAGGGAUAACAACUGUACUGACGAUGACAACUAUCAACACUCAUCUCAGAGAGACUCUACCCAAAAUUCCCUAUGUGAAGGCCAUAGAUGUCUAUCUGAUGGGAUGUUUCGUUUUUGUGUUCUUAGCUUUGCUUGAAUAUGCCUUUGUCAACUAUAUCUUCUUUGGAAAAGGUCCUCAGCUCCAGAAAAAAGAAGCGGAAAAAGCUGAAAAGGCAAAUAAUGAAAAGACAAAGCUGGAAAUGAACAAGGUUCAGGUCGACGCUCACGGAAACAUUCUCCUUACAACUCUUGAACUCAGAAAUGAAGUCAGUGGCUCUGAAGUGUUGACAAGUAUCAGCGACCCAAGGGCCACCAUGUACUCGUACGACAGCGCAAGCAUCCAGUACCGCAAACCAGUGGCCAACAGAGAUAUGUACAGCAGAAGCAAUUUAGAUAGGCACGUGGUUCAUAAAAAGGGCCGCUUAAGGAGAAGGGCAUCUCAGAUUAAAAUUAAGAUUCCCGAUUUGACUGAUGUGAAUGGCAUUGACAGAUGGUCCAGGAUGAUAUUCCCUGUUGCUUUUACUUUUUUUAAUGUUGUCUAUUGGCUUUACUAUAUACACUAAAUGAUGCAGUUGGCGCCUUCCUGAGAAUCUUAGAUCUAUUUUUCUGAUGCUGAAGGGACUGCAUUAGCAAUAAUGCUGCAAGGUAAGGUAUUCAGCCAUCAAACUGAUUUCAGUGUCCUGCACACAGCAUUUUGUGAGAUGACCGUUUUUAGAAAGAUAAAGCUUUGCUCUGUUUCCAGAUUUAACGUUUUUGACCUCUUGAGCGUCGGAGGGUACCACUUGGGGUUCCACCUGGUGCUCCAGAGAGUCAAAAGCAACGAUUACUCCAAUACAUUACGGUAAGAAAAAGCUUUAUAACUGUGUUGGCAUUGUAUGUGUCUCUUAACCCCUUCUCUGCCAGAGUGGCCAGCAAUACAGUGCAUAGAAGUGGUUACACUGAACUCACAUAUCGCAGGGGGUUGAUAUCUGAUGCCGCAGGAUACUUUGUCCUUAAGCCUUUUUGUUCUUUUUGAUGUAUAACGAACUAACACAUUGCUAAUACGAUUUACUUUGGAAGAAAAUGAAACGUUUACAAUCCACAGUGACACGUUUUUCUGUGAACUUACACCAAAUACACCAACAGAUUUAUGGGUCUGAAUGAUUGUAACUUGACUGAUUGAUGCCAUAAUAGUCUUAAAGUGCUGUGUGAUAAACAUGCAAUAUGGAA